AUGGAGCCGUGCACCGCCACCUCCACGCUUCUUCUUUCCGGCUUCUUCUUCCUGUCCUCCACCGCCCUCAAGCACUUCGACACCGAGUGUUACACAGCCAACGGGGAAGACUACAGGGGUUUCCAAACACAGACCAGUUUUCACGGGGGCAAGCCUUGCCUCUACUGGAACGAGACCUUCCAGCACCCCUACAACACGCGCAAGUACCCGAACGGCGAGGGCGGCCUGGGCAGCCACAACUAUUGCAGGAACCCCGAUGGGGACGUACAGCCGUGGUGUUACAUCGCAGACCACGAAGACGGAAUAUACUGGCGGUACUGCGACAUCCCCACGUGUCAAAUGCCGGGGAACAUCGGCUGCUUCCGGGACAGCGGGGACCCCCCGACCCUAUCCGGACCCACCGAGACCUCCAACAAACUGACCAUCCAUACCUGCAUCAACUUUUGCAGGAAACAGAGAUACAAGUUGGCCGGCAUGGAGUCGGGGUACGCUUGUUUCUGCGGCAACGAAGUGGACCGCGACAACUACAGCGAGGCCUCCGGCACAGAGUGUAACCACGUUUGCUUCGGCGACCACAGACAGCCGUGCGGCGGAGAUGGCUGGAUCAUCAUAUUUGACACACAGGUGGGUUCCUGCGGCGGGAAUUACUCCGCCCCGUCCGGAGUCAUCUACUCCCCGGACUUUCCGGACAAAUACGGAGCUAGUCGGGUUUGCUACUGGACGGUUCAGGUGCCCGGAUCCUCGGCCAUCCUCUUCAACUUCACCUUCUUCGACAUCACGGAUCAGACGGACAUGGUGGAGCUGCUGGACGGCUACACCAACCAGGUGGUGGCGCGCUUCGACUGGCGUAGCCCGCCCCGCCGACCGGUCAACGUCACCGGAGACUUUGUCAUACUCUACUUCUACUCGGACCAUACCGAUCAGGCGCAGGGGUUUGCGCUGCUCUACCAAGCUCAGAGAGGUCUCCGGGAUGACCAAGCCGCCGCGGUCGAGGAGUUCUCCGGCACGACGGAACCUCAGCUGGCCACCGACGGUGCCAAAGGAUGCUCGUCCUCGCAGAUCCUCUACGUGAUCACGUCCAGCCCGAGCAAACCGGACCACAACAUGCCAGCGUGGACCAUCUACACCCUUGCCGGUCUCCUCAUCCUCACCGUGGUGGGCAUGCUGACCAAGCUGUGGCUGCACGUCACAGUCAAGUCUCUCCGAAUCCCCGCAGUGUGCAGUACAGACAGCUGCAGCCAGAGCGCCUCCACGUCGACGGAGCCCUGGAUCAUCCUGUACCGCCCCUCCACCGGCUCCCUCUUCAAGAAGAAGCUGAAGAACCAUCACCACCACGGAGACCUCAGCCCCUUGGUGGCUAACUAG